AUGGCCUCUUCGAGAAUUCAGAACUAUGCAACACUUGCAUUAACCUUGGUUGUUCUUGCAAGUUCAAAUGUCGGGAAAACCUCUGCAGCAACUUAUGUGGUCGGCUGGUCCAACCCCGCCGGAGGAUCCGCCUCCUACGCUGCAUUCGCUUCUCAGCAUUCCUUUCGUGUUGGUGACAUUUUAGUGUUUAACUUUACAACUGGAGCGGACGAUUUGGCCAUUGUAACAAAACAGAGUUAUGAUUCCUGCAGCUCCAGCAAUCCCAUAUCUCUGGUUACCGUUGGUCCGGUGACCGUGAAACUGACUUCCCCGGGGGAAGCAUACUUCAUUAGUACCUUCUCCGGUCAUUGCUCAGCCGGACAAAAACUAGCCAUCAAUGUUUCCUCUACUGCAGCCGCCGCUCCGGCUACUCCUCCCCCUGCUCCGUCGCCCUCCGCCGCAGCACCAUCACCAAAACCCGCCGCCCCGACACCCUCCGCCAGUUCACCGGCAGCAACUUCGCCUACACCGUCAAUGUCAGCCCCAUCCCCUGCUCCGGUAGCUUCAGUUCCAUCGCCAGCUCCGGGUCCAGCCGGAGAAGCGCCCGGUCCUUCUUUGAUGGCUCCUUCGCCUAAUGCUCCCGGUACAUCUCCGGUAACCGCUCCGGCACCUGGUCCUGGUGGGUCACCUGCUGAUAUGAAUCCUCCUCCCAAUGCCGGCGCCCCCGUUUCGACGUCUACUCUGUCUCUGGUCAUGCUUUUGUUUGCCACAGCCGUUUUCUGCUAG